AUGCUGGAUCCAGUGGUGGCCAACGUCAGGCUUACCAGAGUACUCAUUGAUGGAGGAAGCAGCCUCAACCUUCUCUUCAUGAGCACUUUGAAGAAGAUGGGGCUAUACAUCACAGAUAUGCUCACCCCAAGAAAGGUUCCCUUCUACGGCAUCGUACUAGGGAACUCGGCCACACCACUCAGGUCCGUGACCCUGCUAGUCACCUUUGGCACGAUGGAGAACUACAGGACCGAGUACAUCAAGUUCGAGAUAGCAAACUUCGAAUCUUCAUACCACACCAUCCCGGGAAGACCCGCAUUGGCCAAGUUCAUGGUCGUGCCUCAUUACGUCUACUUGCUUCUUAAGAUGCUAGGAAAGAGUGGAGUGCUCACCUUCUACGGUGACUUGAAGAAGUCGUAUGACUGCGACCAAGAGGUCAUCGAGUACGGUUCGACCACACGCGUGCCAGAUUCUUUAUCAGAAGUACUCACGGUCACGCAGCAGCUCUCCCAGUCAGGGUUGGAGAUCCCGACAAAGAAAGCGAACCAGUCCAAGGUGCAGACCACCGGGGACAUCGUACUCAAGGCAAUCCAGCUGCAGGAGAGCGACUCAUCCGAGGUAGCCCUAAUCAGCAUGGGGCUCAGUGACAAGUAG